AUGAGCGUGGCAGAGCAGAGAGAGAAAAAGAAAGUUGGUUACGGGAGUGGAGAGAAAAGAGGACAUGAUAUAAGUUGUAAUCGCCCCCAAAGCACUGUUUGGGUGUGGGGAAUUGCUCGCUACUCGCCAGCAAGGACACAAAGGAAAACGGAAAAUGCAAAACGAGAGAGUGUGAAGGACGACACACCACACCACAACAGCACCGUCGCAGUGUCUUUUAUCAUGCUUUGUGGUUCAUUCUGUGUGAAUUUGCGAGAUCGAUUACAGCCAUGGAUUCGCGACUACGAUAGGCUCCAGUCCUUCGCUGUCAUCCUCAUUUACCUUCAGAUUGGGUGCGCGUUAAUUGGAUCGCUGGGAGCAUCCUACAAUGGAGUGUCGCUCGUAAAUCUGGCAGUCGCGUUGUUCGCUUUGGUUGCAAUUGAGAGCAGCAGUCAGAGCCUUGGCCGCACCUACGCCUUUCUUCUCUUCUGUGCCAUAUUGCUCGACGUUUCUUGGUUCAUUCUUUUCGCUCAUGAAAUUUGGAACAUUUCUACCCAGGGUUACACAGCAUUUUUCAUAUUUUCAGUGAAACUUACACUGGCAAUGCAAAGUGUUGGUUUCACAGUGAGGCUAUCAUCCUCGUUGUUAUGGAUUCAAAUUUAUAGGUUGGGCGCUUCCUAUCUGGACACAGUUUCUCGAGCCGCAGAUUCUGAUUUGAGGGGUAGUUUUUUGAGUCCUGUGACACCUGCAGUAGCUAGGCAAUGCUCAAAUUCCAAUGAGAUACUUGGAGGCUCUAUCUAUGAUCCAUCAUACUACUCAUCCUUAUUUGAAGAUGGUCUAGAAAACAGAUAUCCAAGUGGGAUGCUCAAUCAUGACAUUACCCAGAAUGAGUCAACAUCAUUUGCGGAAGUUUCUCAUAAGUCAUCUGCAGGCAGAUCAUAUGAGGCUGUGGAUGAAGAAAAUGGUAAUCAAGAGGGAAAUCGUUUGAAAUAG